AUAGUUUAAAAGAGUUUAAUUGUAAUUAAAUACUAAUAUAUAUUAUUAUGGCCUGUAUUCAAGUGAAAGUUAUUCUUUGUUUCAUGUUUUUCACAUUAAUUGUGUCGUGCAUUGAAGCACAAUAUGGUUAUGGAAAUUAUGGCAACCCUUAUGGUAUGUAUGGCCGUGGCUAUGGUGGAUAUGGAGGCUACGGAGGCGGUGGUGGUUAUGGAGGAUAUGGUGGCAAUGGUGGAUAUGGUGGAUAUGGUGGUUACGGAGGGUAUGGUGGUUAUGGUUAUAGACGAAGACAUCAUCGAUUUAAUAGAAGAGGUUAUGGAUAUAAUGGCAAUCCUUAUGGUAUGUAUGGUGGAUAUGGUGGUUAUGGAGGCUACGGAGGCUAUGGUGGUUAUGGAGGAUAUGGUGGCUAUGGUGGCGAUGGUGGAUAUGGUGGUUACGGAGGGUUCGUCCCAUCCCGCCCAAUCCCAGGUGGAAGUGGGACCCACUAUUUUGGGUCCCAUUUCCAAAGCCUAUUAUGAACUUAUCUUAUUAUAA